AUGAGGGCUGGUCUUUCACCCAAGUGGAUGAGCGUGGCGAUGUCAUCUACCUUCCCUACUUCUGUCCACGUUGAACUCAUAAAGCUCGGAAAGAUUCCCGAUCCAUAUAUUGGCCUAAACGAAUGGGACGUGCAGUGGGUUGGCGAGGCAGAUUGGGCGUUCAGUACCUCAUUCCAGCUACAAUCAAAAGAUUUGUCGGAUCCAAACGCCGAUCUCGUUUUUGACGGGUUGGAUACAUAUUGUACGGUUCAAUUAAAUGGCAAGGUUGUAUUAAAGGCCAACAAUAUGUUCCUAUCGUAUCGGGUGCCCGUCAAGGAAUAUUUGGUAGAAGGCUCCAACGAACUACUCCUUACAUUUCCGUCAACAUUUGUUAAAGGCCGUGAGCUUCAAGAAAAGCACGGAAAAUUUGGGCUCUGGAAUGGGGACUCAUCUCGUUUACAUGUUCGUACAGCGCAAUACACAUACGGUUGGGACUGGGGCCCAGUACUUCGAACCAUCGGCCCGUGGCGGCCCAUUAAAUUAGAAACCUACGCAGUUCGUUUAUCAGAUGUCCGGGUUCGCCAGGAUGUCAAGGAGGAUCUUUCGGCGAAGUUAUCUGUUGACCUUGAAGUCUCGGAUAAGUCGAAAGGCGAUCUCUCGGCCAUGGUCGUUCUUAAAUCGUCAGCUGGAGCCGUGAUCAAGAAGGCUGCAGAUCUCACUGUCAAAGGAGGCCAAAGCGUAGCAGAGUUUGAACUCGCCAAAGGAGAGGUCGACCUUUGGUAUCCAGUAGGUUAUGGAAAACAAGCGUUGUACACGGUUGAAGUAGAAGUAACCGAUAAAUCCGGGUCACGAGUUGCAACGCACUCGCAACGUAUCGGCAUACGGCGUGCGAGGGUUGUAGAGGAUCCCCUCGAAGGACAAGAUGGCCGAACAUUCCUGUUUGAGAUCAACAACGUCCGGAUAUUCUGCUCGAAUUGGAUUCCGGCGGAUAAUUUCCUCACAACUAUUACACCCGAGAGAUACCGGGCAUGGCUUCAACUUCUCGUGGACGGUAACCAGAAUAUGGUCCGAAUUUGGGCAGGCGGAAUCUACGAGGACGAUUCAUUCUAUGAUACAUGUGAUGAACUUGGCAUCUUGGUCUGGCAAGACUUUAUGUUCGGGUGCGGGCAGUACCCUGCGUACGACUCUCUGAUCGAAUCUGUUAAACUGGAGGCCGAAUCAAAUGUGAAGCGCAUGCGUCAUCACCCGUCCUUGGUCAUCUGGGCUGGAAAUAACGAAGACUAUCAAGUUGCCGAAUCGCUGAAGCUGGAACUUGACUAUGAUGCCGAUCCUACCCAAGUAGACUUCCGGAAGACGAACUUCCCAGCAAGGUACAUUUAUGAGGUUGUGCUCCCAGAGGUCGUAAACCGGCUGUCCGAUACGCACUACCACCGUGCAAGUCCUUACAGUGGAUACGGGAAACCAACAACCGAUCGUACCUAUGGGGACAUCCACCAAUGGAACGUAUGGCAUGGAUCCCAAGAGCCAUGGCACAAUUGGGAUAUUCUCUCUGGAAGAUUUGUUUCUGAGUUCGGAAUGGAGGGCUUCCCGAACAUUCGCACUGUUGAUUACUGGCUAGGUGGGGACAAGGAUGAGCGCCAUCCCCAAUCCCGGAUCAUGAACAACCAUAACAAGGCCGACGGGUUUGAGCGCCGUUUGGAACUUUACUUAGUGGAGAACUUCAAACACGCUUUUGACAUUGAGAGCUAUGUGUACUACACCCAAAUUAUGCAAGCUGAAACCCUUGCAUCGGCCUACCGCCUCUGGAGAAGGGAAUGGAGAGGCAGAGGCAAAGAAUACACUGCAGGAGCACUUGUCUGGCAGAUUAACGACUGCUGGCCUGUCACCUCUUGGGCCAUUGUUGACUACUUUUUGCGACCCAAGCCUGCAUACUUUACUAUUGCGCGAGAACUACGCCCAUAUACCGUAGGGAUGACCCGCAAGACGAUCAAAACUCCACUUGGUCCUAGGUCUGCACUUUACUCUUCUAUCGAGACACGGCUAGAGAUGUGGGGAACCAACUCGACACUUGAGGCCAAGAACGCUAUACUCGAGAUCCGUAGUUUCGACCUCGAGGACGGCGGAAAAUUGAUCGAUACCCAGAGGCUGGACGUCACCCUGGCUCCCAAUUCGAGCACUGAGCUCUGGAAAGCUAGAUUGCCAGGGGAGGGUAAACGCACCCGUGACAGCGAUCCACAUAAAAUAAUCAUUGUCCAGGCGCGGCUCUUUGACGCAGAUAGCAAAGUGCUUGCUCGUUACUCCAAUUGGCCGGAACCAUUCAAGUUCAUUCAUUUCCCGUCUCCAGAGGAAGUGGGAUUGAGAAUAUCGACGACCAAUGGCGAGAACCCCAACGAAACCCUGGUCACUUUAUCGACGUCCAUUCCCAUCAAGGGGAUCAUCCUGGACACGGAAGGGGAAGAUGCCAAAUGGAGCGACCAGGCAAUUGAUCUGGUACCAGGAGAUGACCAAACAGUGGUUGUCGAAGGGCUGAAGGGACGUGACGUCAAGGCGAGAUAUCUGGGCGAUGGGAGCGCGUGA